GGACGAACCAGUCCUCGUCAUGGUUUUGUCAAUACCAUAUCACUUACAGGCGCUCGCUGCUUGCAAGUCCAGUCGAUGCUGCGAGACACGAUGGACGACCUCCUCAAUUGGCUGGGGGGCUUCUGGAACGAGAGCAGUCAUGCCGCCUAGUCUCUAUUACACCAGCUAAAAUCUUACGGUAUGUUCAAACUCUGACACUCACAGUACCUUGUCUUUAUCUUGAUGAUGAUUCAUGCGACGCUUUUUAUAGUUCCCCUCUGUGAACACCUUGGCGCACUCAAUUGCAAGCGACUCCACGAAUAGCGACCACAUAUUGCUUAAAUGUUGAGAAAAGUGCGCGACCUUAUCUUCCUUCGAAUCCUUCUCCAAGUCUCCCCCUUGUCCGAAUCCGCACCAUGGACGUGCACAGCGAUGACACUGAGAAGAAGAUCGACAGCUUCGUCGCUAAUAAGGAUGAUGCUUAUUUUGACCCGGUUUUAGUGGACCCGACUGAGGAGUUGUCUUUGCAUCGUGGUUUGAAAGCGAGACAGAUUUCUAUGAUAACGCUAGGAGGCUCGCUGGGCACAGGUCUCAUAAUCGGUUCGGGCACCGCUCUCGUUAGAGGCGGUCCGCUGGGACUCUGGUUCGGAUACUCCUUCAUGGGCAUGGUCUGUUACUUCGUUAUGAUCUCCCUGGGAGAAAUGUGCGCGUAUCUACCUCAUAAGAAGGGUUUUGCUGGCUAUGCAACUCGUUAUGUGGAUCCUGCUUUCGGGUUCGCUCUUGGAUGGAAUUAUGUAUUCAAGUAUUUUGUUCAAACUACGAAUAACGUGAAUGCGGCUGGCGCUGUGGUGCAGUAUUGGACCCUGCGCGUGCCUAUAGAAGUGUGGAUGGUGCUUUACAUUGCGUUGAUCUUUCUCAUCAACAUGUUAGGCAUUCGCGUCUUCGGCGAAUUUGAAUUCUGGUUCUGUAGCAUCAAGGUCGUCUCUCUGGUCGGUCUUAUCUUGAUGGGACUCAUCAUCGACCUCGGCGGUAAUCCCGAACACGAUCGCAUCGGGUUCAGAUACUGGAAAGCACCCUACGGACCUCUCCGUGAUUAUCUCCUUGCUGAAGUACACGACUCUCGUGUCGCUCAGUUUCUGGGGUUCUGGAGCAACCUUACCACUGCAUUGUUUUCGUACAUCGGCACGGAGCUGAUCGGCGUGACCGUUGGCGAAACUGAAAAUCCGAGAAAGAAUGUGCCAAAGGCUAUUCGUAGGAUGUUCUUCCGUAUUUUGGUGUUCUAUAUUGGUGGUACGUUCGUCAUUAGCUUGACGGUCCCGAGCAAUAGCAACGCACUUUUUGUGGCUAGUAAAUCUCCAGCCGGUGCUGCUGCGUCGCCAUUCGUCGUAGCGACGACCAUUGUUGGCAUCAAAGUCCUGAACCACAUCAUCAACGCCGUGGUGUUAAUCUUCGUACUGAGUGCGUCGAACUCAGACCUCUAUAUCGGCUCCAGGACGCUCUAUGGCCUCGCCGUGGAACGCAAGGCACCUCGCAUAUUCGCCAAGGUCAAUCGUGCCGGGGUUCCUUGGCCCUCGCUUAUUCUGAACACUCUGGUAUGUUUCUUGACAUUCCUUAACGCAACCUCUUCGAGUUCUGUUGCGUUCGGCUGGUUCGCGAGCCUUAUUGCAAGCUUCGGCGCUAUCACAUGGAUGUGUAUAUCCUAUACGCACAUUGCCUUCAUGCGCGCGUUGAAGGCCCAAGGAAUAGAUCGAGACACUCUCCCUUACAAGGCGCCCUUCCAACCGUACGCGUCGUGGUUUGCCUUGAUUUUCACAGGGAUUGUGCUCUUUUUCAACGGCUUUAGCGCUUUCCUGCCCUGGGUAUCGUCAUCCUUCAUCACAUCGUACAUUGCUAUCCCGAUUUUUAUUGUGCUAUGGGGCGGAUACAAAAUUUACUACCGCACAUCGACGAUCCCCGCUGCCGAAGCCGAUCUUUUCUCAGGAAAACGUGAAAUUGAUGAAGAAGAAGAACGAUUCUUAGCACGGGAAAAGUUGAAAGGUCCACGUUCGGCAUGGCAGCGAAUUUGGGACUCCCUAUAAUCAAUCAACCACAGAAAGAUUAUUUAGAGAACCCACCAAAGCUCAAAUUAAUGCACAUUUUUGGUUAUCCCUAGGGCUCCGCGUAUUUGCGCUGGUUUGAAUUGCAUGCGAGAUAAGACAUAUACACCUACUUGGGAACGUUAAGGUUCGCGCGGCGUUUCAUGUCGUUCAGGGACUCUUUAUGAGCUCUUUUCAAUCUAUGUCGCGAAGGGCGGUUCGCGCGCGGGAAAACUCUGGCCCAAUCCCGGCC